AUGCUAUCCCGCAGUAUUCUUGAUGCAUAUGUUCCAUUAUUUUUACCAAACAAAGAUCUUGAUUCCACCCCUCAGCCAAUUGCUAUUCCACUCCUUAAAAAAUGUGAUUUAAUCACAUUGCUCAAAAAUGUGAGUUACAUCUUUCAAACAGAGGGUACACUUUUAGAUCUCAAUGGAUGCUUCACAAUUGUUGGUGAUAUUCAUGGUAAUUUGAGAGACCUACUUAGAAUCUUUGGACUUGCCGGCUCUCCAACAUACACAAACUAUAUCUUCCUUGGUGAUUAUGUUGAUCGUGGUGACUUGUCAAUUGAAGUCAUAACAUUAUUAUUCACUAUAAAAUUAGCUUAUCCUGACCAAUGCUAUCUUUUACGUGGUAAUCACGAAUUUGCCGAUGUCAACUCAAUUUAUGGCUUCAAGGAUCAAGUAUUAGAAAAAUAUGAUCAACAAAUCUACGACAUGUUCAACGAAGUUUUUUCAUUUAUGCCUUUAGCUGCAAUUUUAAACACUAAUACAUUGUUAGUCCAUGGCGGCAUCAGCCCACAACUUGCUACAGUUCAACAGAUCUCCCAAAUCAGAAAACCAAUAGUUUCAUAUGACGAAAAUCGCUUAAUCGGCGAUUUGAUGUGGAGUGAUCCUACCAAUGGAAGCGCAUAG